GAAUAUCAUACUUUCAUCAAGUCUACAACUUUGAUGUCGAGACUCCCGCCCACAAUAUGUUAGAGGUAUAAUCUUAUCGAACAUUCGACAUUGGGGGCAGCUACAAUAUGAUACCUGCUUGUUUACCAUCUUCCAGCUUUUGAAUCCCGGCUCGUAUCCAUCGACUUUCUAACCCAGCUCUAUCAGAAUGUCUACCGAUAGCCAUCUUUCUAUAUCAAACAUCAAGUUAAUGAGCAAUCCCCAUUCAUUUCCCCUGUCAUCUAUGCGCGCUGGGACAAGAAAAACUGAAACUCAAAACAAUGAUGACAAUGAAACUGGGCGGCUGGCGGUCACGUCUACAACCAUCUCUUAUUCACCGCAGCCUGACAAUAUCAGUAGACCAGAAUUUGCUAUACGAAUAGCAAACUCAAACCACGGUAACGUUGAAGGAAGCUUGGAAGAGGAUGAUGAUGAUGAUGAGCCCCCACAAUCUAUUAUACAUGUACCUCCUGGCUUCAAUGACUUCGUGGGUGUUCCUGCAUAUACGUUUUGACACCCAUGCAGAGUGCCUUGCUAAAACUUACCAAACGUAGAGUAUAUACACACAACAGUCAUCUAGUGGCAUAACUACACUUCAAUCAGAUGCUUUCGCUGAUUUCGAGAGGGAAAGACACCACGCGCCUCCAACUAUUUCCGAAGAAACAGAAAAGAAAUCUUCUAACCAUCCAUUAUCGCCGCCAUCGCUGGCUACUGCGAUUGAACCUACGAGAGAUUGGUCUGAGCGAGCGACUCCUCGAGCGCAGACAAUGCGAGACUUUGAUGAUGAGAUCGACGAAAUAUCGCACUCAAGCAAUCGUAAGGAUUAGUGUAGAUAUACCAGAAGGGACUGGCCCAGAGAAGGCCAGCCGGCAAGUGGGUGAGACAGGCACAUUCAACUUAACCAUAGAGAACUUCUCCGAUGGAGAAGCUGAACUGAAGACAUUGAAGAUCGCCUUGGCUGAAUGUUGGUCCCUUUGCAAUACUUUAGCCAGUUUAAGCUAUAUUAACCGGCAGCGGUCCAAUAUCGGCGCUGGCAUGCAAGAAGAGGCCUGGAAAUCAUGCUGGCAGCUGUGCCAGGAACUUUACAGUUGCCAGAACGAAAACUACACCUACCAAAUCAGCCCUACACUUGAUCUCUGCCGAAACUUUUGUCAAACACUGUUUGACAGUCGAGUUCACGAGAAUGAACUGACGGAUUCGGUUUUUCGCGUCAGCUUUGAACUUAACAAUCAUCUAUAUAACACGCACGAUCGAGAUUUGCCCGACGCCUUUAGGGAGAGGACAUUAGAUUUUUAUAUUACGCUGUGUCAUCGUCUCAUGAAGCAAAGAGCUCUAGUGACAGAAAUGGACUCUUUAUUAAGCGCAUGCUGGUCACUAGCGGAGAUGUUGUUCAGCAUACGCCAGAGUAAGAAAGAGGGAGGUCGUUUGAGCGAGGUAUUACUCGGCUCUGCUGUUCAGGCUUGCUGGGAGCUUUGCGAUAUAUUUCGGGAAGGAUGGACGCAACGGAGCCUUCGCGAUUCUGAUCGUGGAACGCCGCGGCCGAGCCAAGCGAUAUUUUAUCAGAUUGAGCAGCAGACCAGCCAACCCAGUCACAGCCUCAGAGGCGAGUUGUCUGGACCACAUCGACAUCCUGAAACGCCAACAACUAUCUUUGAGGACGCAACCACCAUUUCUCCCGACGAAGGACCUAUUCCAGACAUCUUCGUUUUAGGUCGGAGAUCGUCAGCCCACAACUCCUAUGUUAAAUUGUCGUCCAAUUCGUCUAGUAACUCGAUACAAACUCACUCUUCUGAACAGACAUCUUCGACCAACACGGUCACGAUUCCGACUAAUGAUCCAAAUUUCUCAAGUCUCAGGAUCUUAAUAACGAAGGCCGCAGUGAAUAGCGGUUACCAACGCAACGGAACACAGAGUCUAUCAUCCUUUGUUAAAUCUCUUUCAUCGGACGCAUUCGGCUCGUUGCCCUGGCAAAUGUCCCUUCUUGAAAAUUACAAAAGAUUCGUUGGAAUUGACCCAGUGUUCCAAAAUGCUGGCCCGCAGGCCCAGGCGAGUGCAGUGGAUAUAUCAAGGGCUGUCCAAGAAAUGAUGCAACGUGGAAAGUUACCUUGGCUACGCGACCUUUAUCGCCUUGUGUUUGGGUAUCAUGUAGAAGAAGCAAUAAACUGGGGGAGCCCAGUGCUUCAAACGUAAUACUGAUCCACCAUCUUACAUUAUUCCAUCUUCCUCCUCGACCUCUACCUUUGCUAGCAAACAGUAAGCCUGGUUCAGUAACGAUGUGAUAUGAAAAGGAAAGAAUUUGGGGGUGGGGUAGGAGGCGAGUACAGAUAACUGCUUUUGUCUAACUGGGCUAGCUCGUUAUACUACCCUGGUGGAGAAGAUCGAGAUAGUAAGUGUGGCAUGGGUAGGAUUGCAAUUUAUAUAGAACACUCUGAGCAAGCAGUAAAGAUCC